AUGCUGAUAUCCUUUCGCAAAGCACCAACAAGAAAACAGCAAGAAUUGCACCUGCUGAACCGUCAGGCACAGUGGCCCGCCGGUGAGAUCCAUUGGGGUGCUGCAACAUGGCUGGCUUGUGGAAUAACACUGGAGGAGGCGCAGGUAGCCCUCCUGAUUGAUGUUAAAAAGUUAGGAAAGCGGCCGACCGACACCCAGAAACUGGCCAUAGCCCGGCGUCGGGACAGAUUGCAAGGACAACUGGAUGACUUUGUCAGGGUUGCACUGACGUUUCUCGGCGAUCAAUUAAACAGCUGUGAGCAUCUGGACGGCAUGACAGGAAUGUUGGACUCAGUGGAAUUGGAUUCUGUCGGGUCAUCAGGUGAGGAUCCAGAUAGGUCGGACGAUGGAGACCGAUACGAUCUACCCGUGGAGUUCAAUCCCGAGACCGUGGUGAUUCCAUUGCCGUCCAACAUCGGAAUUGAAAGAUGUGCACAGUGGGGCGUUGCUGACCUGGUGCUCCAGGAAAUAUCAUUAAGAGAAGGGCAAGCAAAUGAUGCAUUGCAUGCCGUCAGGGUCAACCUGGCCGACAAGGCUGUUCUGUUUCGCACCACGGUUCGGUCGGCCAAGUCGCAAGCAUGCUCGACCAGAGCAUGGGCUCGGGUGCACUCAGUGGACAAGGUCCUUCAUUUAAACACACAGAUAUAUGCCAAAUGCCGCAAGCAGCUACUGGAUCUUGGCGCCGAUGAAUUAUUGACCAGGUAUCAGCGUUUGGAGGAGGCCGACCUUAAGGCUACUACAGUGGUGGCCGACCCGAACGCGCGCGGUCAAAGAAACAACACGUUGGCAUGGUUUUGGUCCCUCGAUGUUGAAGGAUGUUACAGUAACAUGGCACGAGUCCCCCGCCAGCAGAGAGCCCUCUGCCACCCGCACGGCUAUAGACGACACCGGAGCCUCACCAGCUCUAUAGACGAUAACAGAGCAUCAUUGGCUCUAUAA